AUGAUAUGAACGUGUUGAAUCUCAUCAGGAACUAUAAUAAAUCUACAUGUUAUGGAUUAUUUAAGGGAUAUCAUUUUUAUGCUUUCCAUUGACACUUUCUAGCCAUUUAUUAAUAUUUUUGAAGAUUAUAAAAUUAUAUCGUCUAUCUCAAACAUUAAGGCAUCUUGGAUGACAAGAUUUAUCCUACGGUUUUCACCAGGAUUGGCGGGUAUAUUACUUGCACGUGUUGCGGAAACAGUGUUUCUGACCGACCAUGGUGAAGAAAUUCUCAACAACUGUGCUAAGAAUGUUGACCUUAAUUCUGAACUGUUAAACUAUCGAGCUGCAGUUCACAUACGUGAACUUGAUUGGAUGAGUCCCUGGCCUCCUAGAGUAAGCCCAGGAGAGACUCCUCUGCAUCAAAGGUAUACAUGGACCUUUUCAGAAGUUGAAGAAGUCCAGGGAGCUUCUGUGAUUGUAGCUGCUGACGUAAUUUACAGCGAUGACUUGACUGAUGCAUUUUUUGGUGUUCUAGAGAGAUUGAUGUCACUGGGUUCUGAGAAGGUGCUAUACUUAGCAUUGGAAAAGCGCUACAACUUCAGUCUCAGUGAUCUUGAUGUUGCUGCAAAUGGUUAUUCACAUUUCUGUAGCUAUCUGAGGGAUGAAAAGGAUUGUGAGGAAGUCAAAAAUGGAUGUCUCCCUUGUUUUGUUGGGAAGGUCAUAGAUCUCACACAAAUUCCAAAAUAUGUGAAGGAGUACGAGAGAGGAAAUGAUGUUGAGAUUUGGCAGAUUAGGUACGAGAAAAGAUCCCAAUUCAGGGACUCCUGUGACAAUGAGACUUAAGUUAUGUAAACCUUGUGUUUGUAAAAAUCCAUUUAGUUUGUUAUAAAUGUCUCAACUAAUCCUGUCCUGAAUUCUAUUUUUAUAGUGGAAAAUCCUUGAAAAAGUU